GUCACAUGACCUCAUUGCCCACACAUAAUCUGUUUAUGCAGCGCAUGACCCGUCCUCCCCCUCUCUUCUGCCCUCCCAUCCCGUCUGCUGCCUUUCAGCUGAUGAUGCAUGUGGCAGAAUAGGCUUUGGGAGCAUCGCUAUAGCAACCGAAAACAGAAAGGCACUUCAGAGCAAUCUCAAAGAGGAAAUGUGACCUGAGCCAUUGCACAACUACAAGCCCUACAAGACAACCAGAUCACUUAUCAAGGUAAAAGUGAGCAGCAGAGGGCUGGUGACCGAGCAUGUCGUGGUUCAGCUGGAACGAGCCAUACAAUCGUAGCCCGCGGCGUGAGCCGUCUGAAGUAGUUGUGGACACCCUGAUGCUGGAACUGAGCUGGCAGAUGCAGGAGGCCGAGAGGCUGCAGCGGGAGCGAGACAACGAAUACCGCAGGCUGAAGAGCGGCGUGGACUACAGCUGGCUCAUGAGUGCCCCACGUACCUCUUUCGACAUCAGCCAAGGAGAGAGACUGGGCCUGGAGGACCUGUGCAGCAAAGUACCACCAGCAUACUGCGGACCUACAAUACAAAGUCUUUCUCUUCACAGGUUUCGGCAGGUGCUGAUGGAGAACGAACCUGAGGUGCAAGAGGUUUCCGGACUCUUCCGUUCUGUGCUUGUGGAAACACUUGAGCGCGUUCAUGAGGAGCAGGAGGCUCAGCGUCUGACCCACCAGUGGAACAACAGACGCUCCAUAAGCCUGUCGCUGAUGAACUUCAAGUCUCGCGUGCGGAUCAACCCUUUCGGCAGCACCUUGGGACUGAAAUCGAGCAAUUGCGGCUCAGACGAAGACGGCAUGGACGUCAAGACUGUGUGUGAGGAUGUUGAGAAGGGUCUUAGCCUGACAGCGGAGAAAGCGCAGCGCGUGUGGAGCAUGCCAGAGAUUCGGCACAAGGGAAUCAAUGGGAAAGCUUGAGUGUCUGUGAGUGGGAUUCAGUGGGAUCCAGUCCAAGUCAAUGACUGGCUGAUAUUCCCAGCAUCCCCUUCACUUUCAGUUUGUCUAUAUUCCGAGGUCUAAGCAUGGAGCCAAGAGGCAUGUUUAUGUUGGGAAAUAAAACUGAAGUCUUAUAAGCAAUUCAUAACAAAUCAAUAAAUCUUACAAGGAUUACAGAUCAUAAACCCAGUUUAUUUUUGAAUUUGUGCAGUAAAUUCCUAAAAUAGAAUAAGAUAUAUUUAUCUGUUCACUCACCAUUAGAUUAAAUUUGUUAUUGUGAAAUGAUACAAAUUUUCCCUUGAAAAAAGUUGUUAUAUGACCUUUAUGGUAAAAAAAAAAAAAAUAUAUAUAUAUAUAUAUAUAUAUUUGUUUGUUUUUGUAUGUUUGGUUGUUCAUUUAUUUAUUUUAUUUAUUUUUUUCAAUGCAGGUCUAGUUUUUAGCUUUUUAGUAGCCUCGUCCCCUUAUUCAAACCAAGUGGGCCUGUAUUUGGUGUGGAAAUUAUUCUUUUUUUUCUUGUUGUUUUACAAUGUAUGUCCAAUUAUGUAAUGAGGUGUUUGCAUGACAUUUAAAUUUGAGUCACAGUACAAUCAGUGUAACUGUAGAAUUUAGGAUCUUGCACUAUAAGAACAAUAUACGUUUUCCAUUUUAUUGUGCUGAAAAAAAAUAAAGAGCUUAUGAUUCUGCGUUACA